UAGAGUUCAGUAAAAGCUUGACUUCCAAAUCUAAACUCAAGUCAAGCUUAGGCUUAAAGAAAAAUUAACGAGCUGAGACUGAACUCUUCCAACUCGGUUAAGCGUUUACGCCCUUUGUAGUAUUCUAUCACUGACUUCUCCAUGCAUGCUGAGAUUUGAGAGAGAGAAAGAAUAAUAUCAGCAAUAAAUAUAGCAGACCAAAUUAGAAACUUCUUACAGGUUUGCCAGCUAAGGUUCAUCCUGCUUGAGCUCACAAGUAUGGAGCAGUAUUGAAGUGUGUGUUCCUCCGCAACUUAUCCUAAUCCCUGGACCAAUAAGAUUGGUGUAAAAGGUUGAUCACUCAAAUCAUACAUGAGAUCAGACCUCAAAACAAUCUCAUUGGUUAGCAUCCCGAGAAAAUUAUCAAUCACAAUCAUGUCAGCCAAAUUAUCUUUUCCCACCUAUAAAAUUCAUUCUGCACUUGGUAACUUCUCAUACCACAUGAAUUCAUUUUGUUAACUUCAUAAUUGGCACACUCAUUAGCCACAAGUUCAAUUCCUGCAAAAAAAUUCAUGGAACAAUCCAAAAAUCAGGAAGUUGGUAGCCAAACCCACGUAGAGUCUCCGAGUCUAUACGAUGCAUUAAAAUGUUGCCUAAUCAAACUUGCCAUAGGUGGAGAUGACAAGCUUUUCAUGGAUCGAAACAGGUUGAAAGUGCAAGCUUUCAGCAAUGGCUUUGAGCAGCAAGACUUGGGCUCUAGUUCAAAGGAUUGUCAAAAUUACUGUGCAGAACGUAGAAAUGGUGAAUCCUUGCAGGAAAAUGAAAGGGUUAGCGCCGAGAAAGAUAAGCACGUCGUAUACGGGGCUACCAAUGAAUGGAACCAUGAACAUGCUGAUGUGUCACAGGUAGUGAAUUCUCCUUCAGAAGGCUGCAAUCAAUUUUCCUUGGACUUUCUUGCUUUCUUUGCAGCACUACUAACAAAGUUCUUAGGUUUUCAGUUCAGUCUUAUGGUCAGUUUUUUAACAUUUCCAAUUUGGUUAUCGUACUUCUCCUUCAUGUUUAUGAUGUUUCCAUUCCGAACUCUAAGACACAUUAGAGGGUAUUUCAUUAAGAAACUGUUGAAUUUCUGGGGUAUUUCUGGCAGAAAUGUCACUGAGAAAGCACAAAAAUCAAUAGGAAACAUAGCAGUGAGAUUUGGGUGUGCAAUCUUCUGGUCAAGCUAUGUAUUUUUCAUGCUCUUAGGGUUACUAGCAUCAGGGUUUGUAUUUGGAGGUCUAUUGAUGAGAAACAUAGUAGAUAAGCCUGUUCAGGCCAGAGAAAUGAUACUGAACUUCGACUACACAAAAACUAGUCCAGUUGCAUUUGUGCCAGUAAUGCCAUACUCUGGCGUGAGCGAUCCUUCUGGCCUAGUUGAUAAGGAUGAUUUAAAAGCUGCCAUGGAAGUUGGAGAACGUGUUAUUCCUCACAAUCAGAAAUUGCAGCUUAUAAUUUCAUUGACAGUGCCCGAGUCUGACUACAAUCUCAAACUUGGCAUCUUCCAGGUGAAGGUGGAAUUCCUAUCAGCAAGGGGAAAAGUCACUGCAAGCUCAAGCCAUCCAUGCAUAUUGCGAUACAAAAGCCAACCCAUCCGCUUUGUCGAAACUAUCGUGAAGAGUCCUUCAUUUCUUGCUGGUUUCCAAUCAGAAACCCAGACCCUCAACGUGGAAAUGAACCAAUUCAUCGAAGGACUCGAGCCCACUGCAUACCUGAAGGUGAUGCUAGAGUCUCGAGCUGAAUACAAAUCAGGUGCUGGCAUUCCUGAAAUCUAUGGAGCAUCACUCUCUCUUGAGUCUGAUCUCCCACGACUGAAAAGAUUAAUCUGGAACUGGAGGAAAACCAUUUUUGUUUGGACAAGCAUUGUCUUGUUUUUUGUUGAGCUGAUGUUCUUUUUACUCUUCUGUAGACCUGUGAUUCUUCCAAGAGGAAAGCCUCGAAUAGCGUAUGAUCAGAAAGAAGCUCGUUGUAACAUCAUCUGCUGGUAUAGAAACAGGUGAUCAGAUCAGAUCAGAUGAUGACUUCCAAUCUCCAAGGUUGAUGCAUGGGUAUUAAUAUUUUAUUACAAGGAAGAGGAAUUAUGUUUGAAGGAUUGGAAAAUAAUUAUGGGAAUGUAAGAUAAAGUAAAAAUUCUGUACACAUCUGAAACUUCAAUGUUAUAUUUAUUUUCCAAUUCUUUUCCACCAUCUUGUGCUUCUUCUGUUUAUUUAUUUAAAAACCAUAACUGCAUGUUAGGAACUCUCAAUUCUAAAACGUUGAUGAUUUUGCUCUUAUUAAUUUUCAUUAGAAUUUAAUGAUGUUUUAAAUCAUUACAAUUUUCUUUUCUUUGCAGAUUAUAUUCAGAUGUUAGUUUAAUGUAAUGAAAUAAAUUUGCAGUUGACUAGCUUAUUAAGUUCAUAUUUGAUGAGAUAUUAAAUGUUAAAGCAUUCCUUAUUUGUUUGAUGAUGAAUUCAGUAUCAUUUUUAGAGAAGGGUUUUUUUUUAUUUAUUUAUUUAUUUAUUUAUUUAUUUAUUUAUUUUUUUUACUUUCCCUCUGUCAAACUCUUCAGUUCUGGGCGCUUAGUGUAAUUCCCAUGGAGGUAUUUAAUCAAUUAACUAGGGCUGUGCAAUCAAUUGGUUCGAUUUCGAAAUGAACCGAACUGAAAAAACUAAAAACUGAAUUGUAAAAUUCAGUUUAGUUAUUUCAAACUGAAAUCUAUAAUCUUUUUUAA